CCUCAAGUCCAGAACAGCCCGACUCUAAGGUGAGGAGCCUGAACAGCCACAUGGUCUCAAGGGAAUCCCUUCAGAUCCCUCAAAACCUGGAGCCACCCCUGGCUGGCAUGCAGUAACAAUAGAAAAGCUGCACACCAGCUCUGGUUGGGCUGGAGGUAUGCAGGGCUUCGGGGAGGCAACUGUACAGUACCUGAGUGCACAGGGUCUCUGCUUGAGCCAUGGGCAGCAAGAAGAAGGAAAUUGCCCUGCAGGUUAACAUCAGCACCCAGGAGCUUUGGGAAGAAAUGCUCAGUUCCAAAGGACUAACUGUUGUUGACGUCUAUCAAGGCUGGUGUGGGCCCUGCAAACCCGUGGUGAGCCUCUUCCAGAAGAUGAGGAUGGAGGUUGGCCUGGACCUUCUGCAUUUUGCAUUAGCAGAAGCAGAUUGUCUUGAUGCCCUUGAAAAGUACCGAGGGAGGUGUGAGCCGACCUUUCUGUUUUAUGCGGGGGGAGAACUGGUGGCCGUGGUGAGAGGAGCCAAUGCCCCGCUGCUGCAGAAAACCAUCCAAGAGCAGCUGGAGGCUGAGAAGAAGGUGCUGGCCGAAGGCCGCGAGCGGAAAGGGAUUAGAGAUGAGGCUCUGUCUGAUGAAGAUGGAUGCCUCUCCCAUGACAAGGACAAUGGUGAAGAUGAUGGCAUGGCUUCAUCGGGGAAGACCUGCACCUUGGCCAUCAUUAAGCCAGACGCAGUGGUCCACGGAAAGACCGAUGAGAUUAUGAUGAAGAUCCACGAAGCCGGUUUUGACGUUUUAGCAAAUGAAGAGAGAACCAUGACAGAGGCAGAAGUGCAACUUUUCUAUCAACACAAAGCUGGGGAGGAGGCAUUUGAGAAGCUGGUACAUCACAUGUGCAGUGGACCAAGCCACCUCCUGAUCCUCACCAAGCCUGAGGGCACAGAGGACGUGACCGCUGCCUGGCGAACGCUCAUGGGGCCCUGUGACCCUGAUGUGGCAAGGAGGGAGCAGCCUGACAGUCUCCGUGCUCAGUUCGGCACAGAAAUGCCCUUUAAUGCGGUCCAUGGAAGCCAGGACAGAGAUGCCGCCAGCCGGGAACUGGCCUUGCUCUUCCCCACUUUUAAGUUUUCAGACGAAGUUCUAGAAGCCUCUCUGGGCCACGGGGCUGAAGGAGCGGCGGCCCCCACUGAGGCACGAUUCCCUGAGGACACGGACUGAGAGGCUGGGCUGCUCGUCCAGAACAUGUGACCAGGGGCAAGGCCAGGAGAUGAAAUGUCAGUACACUCGAAUCAGCUACACAUAGGAAAGCUCCAGAAUCGGAACUUACUCUUUUCAGCACCAAUACUUUUUUGGUUUAGCUAUGUCUCAUGAACAAUAAGAAGAGUAUAUACUUUCUUGCCUUAUUAAACAGUAUAGA